CAGCCAAACUAAACCAGGUCAAAAAGUGAAAUUACAACAACUUCCGACCGGAUCGAUUUAAAACUGGUUUUAAUUUUUGGUCACUCAGAAAACUCUCACUUUCCUAAAAUCGUCAUAGCAACCAACACGAGAUCAAAGGGCCUAAAAUUCAGUGUCAAAUUGGACUUCUGAUCGUCGCCAUGAAGUUGUUGAGCGUGGUUGUUUUUAGCGUUUUCCUGGGCGUGGUUUUCGCCGUGGAAGACCAACCCAAGAAAAAACUCUUGAUAAAAAAGCGCCCCAAAAACCACACGGACUCCACCCUCCCCCAGACCUUACACCACACCCCCACCUCCCCCCUGACCCUCCUGAACUCCUCCCUCUACUCCAAAAGGUCAAACUCCACGCUUUACUCAAAACUCCGCUCGCGCCUCGGCCGUUUAUCCAACGUUACCAUGACAACCACGCCCUCUUCACAUUUAUUAAUUCCCAUCCCCUCAUCGCAACAGAAACCAUACCAACCGGUGAUUGUUUCCACCCAGGCCACGCCCACUGGGGGACACCAAAAGGACUCCAUGAUAACUUAUAAAUUAAAUAAAAUGUUCGUUCCCUUGGGGAUUUACGGGAGAGUUCUGAAUAAUUCCGAGGUUGCCAUGGAAACCGGAAAAAGGAAAUUAAAACAAUAUCGUCCAGCGGAUUCUGUCUCGAUUACGAAUGAGAAACCGGAUAUUAAUCAGGUUUCCAUGACAACCGGGAGGCCCGUUGCCUUGGAAACGAUAAAAUUGGAAAACAGGAAAUACACGCAGUCCGUAAUGCCACCGCCGUUGCCGUUGGAUACGAGUCACGUGGAUAGUCACGUGACUGGGAAGGUUGGCGGGAUUUUCAAAAAUCUAAGGGAGCGUGUCGAACAGGUGAAUAUUCCGAGUCUGAUCCACAAAGGGUUGAGCAAUUUGGGGCAGUUGACGAAAUCGCAGUGGGGGAUGACCGAUGAAGGGGGGGAUUUCGGGGGGGCUUACUCCACCGUGGGGAAGGUGACGAAAGAUAACGUGAUUGUUAGUGUUCCGGGGGGGAAGUUGCCCGAUUAUUCGAUAAGCGCAAGUGGGGGCGGGGGGCAGGCGCUCGAGUUUUUCAGGAGGAGGCCGCACUUGAGGGCAACGAAGCAGUGGCGGAGUUAUUUGUUCCCCCCGAGCCACGCCCACUUGGCGGAAGUUUUCAAUCCGAAGAAAUCCGGGAAGCAGUUUGACAAACUUUGGGAGCGGAUCACGCAGAAAUAUUCGCUUCAAGAAUUGGAUUUAGCGAGGAGGGAGGCCUUUAGGGUUUUUGAGGGGGGUGAGGGGUGCUUAUCAUGA